AUGCAGUUCAAGACCCUCGCUCCUCUCGUUCUCGCCUCCCUGGCCCUGGCUUCCCCCGCGCCUCAGAAUACGGGCACCGCUGACUCCUCCGGCCUUGACACAAGCGACCUCCUGUCACUCUACGACUCUGCUCCAAGCUCCAUCCUGAACGUCCUGGCAACCGCCGUCCCCUCUACCUGGAUCGCGGCCAUGGCCAACCCAACCUCCGUCUCCUCCAUCGUCAACGAUAUUGAGCACGGCACCUACCCUGCCUGGUACUCCAGCCUGCCCGAGAGUGUCAAGGCCUGGGCUACAUCCGCCGCCCUGGGCGAUCUCGGCGUCGAGGCUACUGCCACCCCAUCGGCUGGCUCCGACAGCUCUAGCAGUGACGCUUCCACCAAGGGCACCACUGCUGGUCCCGCUGAGACAGCCUCUGGAUCUUCCACCGCGACCCACUCCGACGCUCACACCACCGACACCCCGGCCUCGAAGACUGGCUCUAGCUCUGGGUCCUCGAGCUCCGCCGCUACUUCUCCGACUUCGUCUCCCAAUGCGGCCCCUGCUGCCACCGGUGCGGUUGCGAUGAGCCUUGCUGGUGUUGCCGGCUUGCUUGGUGUAGCCUUCGUUCUGUAG